AUGCAGAGGGUUGUGAUAGAUCAAUGGGUAUACGACAUAGAGACAACACACAGGACUGGUUGUAAUAGCAAUAGCCCUAGUGGUGUGCACAACAAUGAAGCUCUCCAUUCCGAUAGUAGUAUAAUCAACGAAAUCCACUAUAAAGUAUACCGCCACAUUUUGUUCCCUCCCAUAGCAACAGACCAAUUUACUCCGGGAUGUCCUCAAUAUAUACCGGUUCUCCACGACUUCAUAAGGCAGUAG